ACCACGAACAGCUGGAAUCAGUUUGAAGGCGCGCGUGAGGAACUUGAGCACAGCUGCAUGUGCAUGAAGGCGAAUCCGGGGCAGAAGUGACCGAACACGUCUCCCGGGAUGCGCAAGAAAAAAGUAUGGCUAUGCUGAGGAAAAUUAACCGAGUGCUGUCCAUGUUACUCAUCCUGAUGGCUUUGGCUCUGCUGUACAGCAAAAUGUUCAAAGCACAUCAGCCAGAUAAACACUCAGAGCUCAGGUACACUCAGGCCCCAAACCGAACUGUGGGCGAUGAGUCUGAGACGGACAUUCCCGUAGUGGUCUGUGCAGCAGAAGAGCGUCUCGGUGCUGCCAUGGCAACAAUCAACAGCGUGUAUAGCAACACACAGGCCAGUGUAUUCUUCUACAUAGUGACCUUGAGAGAUGCUAUUAAGCUGACAAGGCAGUACAUUAAGAGAACCAGGCUGAAGCAGAUCAAAUAUAAGAUUCUGGAGUUCAAUCCCAUGGUACUGAAAGGCAAAGUGAAACCAGAUUCAUCCAGACCAGAUCUCCUUCAUCCUCUGAACUUUGUAAGGUUCUACUUACCCCUGCUUGCUAUCAGCAAUCAUAAGAAGAUUGUUUACCUGGACGAUGACGUCAUUGUUCAAGGAGAUAUCCAGGAGCUUUACAGAAUCAAGCUGCAGUCAGGACAUGCAGCGGCAUUCGCUUCAGAUUGUGACCUGCCUGCUACACACGAGAUGGUACGCAGCAUGGGCAUGCAAACAUCCUACAUGGGUUUCCUGGACUAUCGAAAGCAGGCAGUCCGGGAGCUGGGCAUUAACCCCAACGACUGCUCCUUUAACCCUGGAGUGUUUGUGGCUGAUCUUGACGAGUGGAAGAAGCAGAAGAUCACUGUGCAGCUGGAGAAAUGGAUGAGCAAGAACUUCAAGGAAAACCUGUACAGCAGUUCCAUGGCAGGCGGUGUAGCCACUCCUCCUAUGCUUAUAGUGUUCCACAACAAAUAUACGACAAUCGACCCGAAGUGGAACGUCAGACACCUGGGUUGGAGUCCUGAUGCUCAUUAUCCUCAGUCUGUCCUCCAAGAUGCGCAACUGCUUCACUGGAAUGGCCGCUUUAAACCCUGGGACUACCCCUGUGUUCACAUUGACCUUUGGGAGAAAUGGUUUAUUCCUGACCCCUCUGGAAAAUUUGUAUUGGUGCGACCUGAAACAUGAAAGGAAGAGGGGACCCAAAAAAAACCCCGACACUAAUGAAAUCUACAUGGCCUGUUUUCAUAAGAGAUCAUACACUGUCUGAAAAUAACAGCUGUAAAAGGUUUGUUACUCACAUGCACUGUGCUACUCAAUUUAUAAUGUGGGAAGUUCAAAAACUUCUAGACCUGUGUUCAUUUUCAAGGAUGCUUUUUUUUUUUUUUUAAAGUUUCAGGCCUUAGCUAUGGCCAGAUAUUUCAUUUUCUGGCCCAGACAUAAGCUCUGCCCUUUUUUUUUUUAAAUUGUGAGGAGUCAAAUAGAACGUGUACACAAAUGCAUAACUCAAUUUUUAUCCCUUAACUGGCAGAGGAAGUUUCCCUUAACAUGGAAUAACAGUCGGGACGUAUCCUCAACCAUGAGAUACAAUCCUGAUAGUGUCUUAGAUCAAUUACUAUAAACUCAUUAAGUCUAGAACACUGACCAGUUUGUUUCUGAAUGCAAAUGCAUCAAACUCAUG